UUAUGUCUUUUUGGCUAUUUUUAAUUACCGUUGUGUGCGGUGGUGUCAAUCAUUCGCACGGCUUCGCUGACAUGCCGCAACCUUUGGCCGGCACCAAUACGUACCAGCUGCGGAUGCCUGGUGCCAUCGCCACAAUGGAUGACGAUUACAUUUGCACGGCAUUCAAAUUGGACCCAGAGAAAGAAAUGUUCAUUACCCAAUUCCGGGUGGAGGGGACAGCAGAACGAGCUCAUCACAUGAUUCUCAGCGGAUGCGCCGGCGACAUGUCCGAUUCAUCCACGCCUUCCUGGAAAUGUGGCUCUCACGGAACUGGAAAAGUGUCUUGUUCGGGCCCGACGAGAAUCUUGUACGCCUGGGCGAAAAAUGCGGAUGGCACUCGUCUGCCUCCAUCGGUUGGCUUCCGUAUUGGCGGCACUGGCAAAUCGAGAGUUAAGUACCUGAUUAUUCAGGUGCAUUACGCCAAUAAGCUGCCGCCAGGAGUGCGGGAUUACAGCGGACUGGAUCUCGAGAUAACCAGCGAACCGCAAAAAUACAUUGCCGGCAUCCUGUUGAUGUUGGCAUUGCCAGAGAUCCCACCUCAUCAAGCUGUUGUCAAUUCCGACAUUUGCUGCCCGAUCGACGUGACGGUUCCUAUUCACAUUUUUGCGGCCCGCGUCCACGCCCACGGACUGGGCACGGUCGUCACCAGCUACAAGUACAAUCCCAAGACGCAAGCGACAGAGUUGAUUGUCAAAGGAAAUCCGCAAUGGCCACAGGCGUUUUAUCCGACGACACGCGAAUUCGCCAUGACCAAAGGAGAUGAGAUUUUAAUGAGAUGCACUUAUAGUUCACUCGGCAAAAAUACCUUCACGUACGCAGGCCUGUCGUCGUCCGAUGAGAUGUGCAACGUUUACAUGAUGUACUACACGAACGCGGACAACGGGACGGAAUUCCAAUCGUGCGGAUACUACUGCAAUGACGAGCAAAAUCGAGCCUAUCCAGCCGAUUCUAUUCAACCGCUUCCAUCCAAUCCGAUGCUGGAGGCUUACGCCAUCCAUGGGAAGAUGAAUCACCAACUGCGGACCAAUUCCACAAUUAGCGAAGAGGAGCCGAUCAUUCACGUCGAUCAUAACAAGAACGAAGAAGAUUAUCAAUUAAAAAAUCAGUCACAAAUUGAAGAGCAAGAUACCUUCCAGUUGGCCAGUCAAGUGCAUCACGAGCAUCAAACUCCGGAGGAGACGACGAAACAAGAGCAGCCACUGGCGAUGAAUGUUGUUCCAGGAAAAGAGGAGACUCUCAAUGAAAAGGAGAAUAAAGCGGCGAUUAAAGCGGCCAAUCAGGACGUGACUGUAAAAAAGAAACGGCGUGAGGAUCAUUUUUGGUCCAUUUUGUUCUUUAUUCGUCGUUUCUUUUCGUAAAUCUUAAUUUUAGCACCGACAGGGUGCUAUAGUAGCCCAGUACAACACAUUGAUUUAAAGGACGGCAUUCCUCAAAAAAUAAACACUCGAAGAAGAAAAUGAAAAAGAA